AUCGGAGGCAACACCCCCUGAGCCCCCAGGAGAUGGGGGGCGGCGGCAUGGGGCACCCCGAAUCCCACCGGAAGCCGGGGAGGGCACUGGGGGGGUUGUAGGGUACAAAAAAGGGGUUGGGGUGACCCCCCCUUAACCCCCCUGCGGUCCUGCAGGGUGGGGGCUGUGCCCUGCUGCGCUCUGAUGCCCCCGUGUCCCCCUCCCCAAAUGAAGGGCUGUCCCCAGCGCUGGGCUGAGCCGUCCCUGGGGGUCCCCAGCACCAUGGGGGUCCCCAACACCGCCGGGACCCCCAUGACACCCCACGGGGAGGCUCCAGCACGGGGCUGGGGGGGGCGAGCAUCACCAUGAGGACCCCCCCCGCCCCCUGGGGUGACACUGGGUGACCCUGGGGACCCACGCUCUGCGAGAGGCUGCACCCCCACCCCACUUCCCCGUAGCCAUCCAUUGCUGCCCCAUCGCCGGGAUUUGGGGGUGACAGGGGUCCCGUGCAGUGUCCCCCCGCCACUGCCCGGGACCCCCGUGCCCUGCGCUCCCCCAAAUCCCCCCCGUGACCCCACAACCUUCCGCGAUCCCUUUAUGGCAUCAUCGGCAGGGGCAGCGCUUCCCGCUCGGCGCCUGCGCUCGCCGCGCCGCCGGAGCCUCCGCCGGCCUGGGCACGGCCCCAAUCGGGGGUGUCCCCCCCCGGUGCUGCCACCGGAGCCCCCCCAAAACCUGCCGGACCCCCCACCCUAAGCGCCGCAGAACGAUGGGCUGAACGCAUCCGGCAUCUUGCAGGCACAGGCCGGGCUGGGGGGUGCGGCAAACAAAGACCACCCCCCCCCAAAAAAAGCCCCUGGGGGUGCUAAGGGGGUCACCGAGCCCCCCUCGGGCCGCUGAGGGACCCCCCGGUUGUCCCCGAGGUUCCGCAGAGCCGCCGGUCCCGGUUUGAGGAGCGACAGCGCCGGGAGCAGCAGGUGCCCCCAUGGCGUCGUUCCGCAUCCGGCAGUACCAGGAGCAGGACUACGAGGCCGUGCGGGCGCUGUUCGCCCGCGGCAUCCUGGAGCACACCCCGGCCGCCUUCCGGCACGUGCUGCGGGCAGCGCGGGUGCGCCUGGCGCUGCUGGCCGUCUUCGUGGUGGCGCGGGCGGCCGCGGGCUCCUGGGUGCUGGGGCUGGGCGCGGUGGCGCUGGCGCUGGUGCUGAUCUGGGUGCUGGUGCGCUCGCUCAGCACCGACUACGUGCGAGAGGCGCUGGGCACCGACCUGUGCGACGUGCCCGGCGCGUACCUGCGCCCGCCCGACUGCCGCUUCUGGGUGGCCGAGGAGGCCGGCGCCCUGGCGGGCAUGGUGGCGGCGGUGCCCACGGGCCGCGGCGAGCUGGAGCUCAAGAGGCUGUCGGUGAGCCGCGAGCACCGGGGCCGCGGGCUGGCGCGGACGCUGUGCCGGGAGGUGCUGGCGUUCGCCCGCGCCCGCGGGUACAGCACCGUGGUGCUCAGCACCUCCGUGGUGCAGGUGGUGGCGCAGCGGCUCUACGAGGGGCAGGGGUUCCGCAAGGUGGGCGCCUCGUACCCCUCGCUGCUGGGCACCUUGCUGAACUUCCAGAUGUUUCACUACCGCUGUGACCUGGGCGAUGGCAAGAAGUAGGGCCGGGGUGGCGCUGAGGCGGUGACACGGCCCCGGUGGCAUGGCACCCCAAACCUGGCACUGCCGUGGCACUCCAGCUCCAGCCCACACACGGCACCGUGAGCCCGGGACAUGAGGCGUUGCCGUGGCACUGCCGUGGCACCCGAACCCUGGCACUGCCGCUGCCCGUGAGCCCUGGCACCGCUAUGGCACCCCAAACCCGGCCCCGGGACACCGCCCCACCGCUCCGACCCCAACUCUGGCACAGCAGCACCGGCACAGCACCGCGAUCCCAGGACACAGAGCACCGCCAGGGCACCCCAGCCUGGCACCACCUUGGCACCGUGACACCGGGACGUGUGGCACCGCCCUGGCAUCCCAGCUCCGGGACUCCACCACAGCACUCCACCCCUGGCACCUGAAGCACCGCCAUGGCACCCCCGAUCCCCACCCCGGCACAGGGGGCACCUCCAUGGCCCUUCCUGGAUUUCUAGCAGCAGGAAAUAAAGAUAGACCUUUGGGAA